CAAGUCCUUCUUCACCUGGGCGAGUCCUCACUCGAUCCUUUCCUCGCCCAGCCAUGUCCUCUUACCUGCCCUGUUCUUACCCCACCUUGGCCUGCUACCUGGGACCUCAGGCAGAGCCUGGGAGCAGAGGACAGACUAUCAGCAGGCAUGGCAGAGGGCAGCGGUGGUGCUGGGACAAGAAGAGGCAUAACAGGAUUGACUUCUAAAGACUCAUGUUGCCUGAGAAAGAAGCUCUGAGGAAGAGUAGGAAAGCAAAGGAAUCAGGAAAGACUGUCACUGAGGGUCUGCUGACAUUCAGGGAUGUGGCCAUUGAAUUCUCCCAGGAGGAGUGGAAGUGCCUGGUUCCUGCCCAGAGGGAGCUGUACAGGGAGGUGAUGCUGGAGACCUACAGGAACGUGGUCUCCCUAGGAAUGUGUCCUGUAGACCUGAGUAUCGUGUCCUUGUUGGAGCAAGGAAGGGAGCCCUGUCCUGUGGAUGGCAGAGUGGAAAUAUCCAGCACAGCAAAUGGGUGGGCAUGUGUGGCAGGUGUGAAAUCAGCCCACCAAAGAAUUCCUUGUAAUGUCAAAGCAGACAUUUGUCAUAAAUAUGAACGUGAUUUUAAAGAUUCCUUAUUAUUUGUACCAGAACCAGCAACAGACAUUCCUCCAGCAUCUGACAAAUCUAAUGAGGUUGAAAAAUCCUUUAUUCAAGGCUCACACUGUACUAGACAUCAGGUAAUUAAUGCCGGAAAAAAACAAUUUAUGUGUGAUAUAUGUGGCAAGCUCUUUAAUAAAAAAUCAAACCUUACAUAUCAUCAUAUAAUUCAUACUGGAGAGAAACCGUACAAAUGUAACGAGUGUGGCAAGGUUUUCAAUGACAGUUCGCACCUUACACAGCACUCGAGAAUCCACACUGGAGAGAAACCUUUCAGAUGUGAUGAGUGUGGCAAGGUCUUCCGUUACAAGUCCUACCUAGAAACCCACAGGAGAGUUCACACUGGGGAGAAACCUUACAAGUGUGAUGCAUGUGGCAAGGGCUUCAGUCAGACUUCACACCUGGCAAGUCAUCGUAGAAUCCAUACUGGAGAGAAACCUUUCAAAUGUAAUGAGUGUGGAAAGGUCUUUAGCCGCAACUCAUACCUCAUUCAACAUGUGAUAAUCCACACUGGAGAAAAACCAUACAAAUGCAACGAGUGUGGCAAGGUCUUCAAUAAAGAAUCGAUCCUUACAAGUCAUCGUAGAAUUCACACUGCAGAGAAACCUUACAAAUGUGAUGAAUGUGGAAAGUUCUUCAAACAGAGUGCACAGGUUACACAGCAUCGGAGUAUCCACACUGGAGAGAAACCUUUCAAGUGCAUUGAGUGUGGCAAGGUGUUCCGUUUAAAAUCAUGCCUUACGAAUCAUGUGAGAUUGCACACUGGAGAGAAACCUUUCCAAUGCAAUCAAUGUGGAAAGGUCUUCCGUCAAAAAUCAAACCUUACAACUCAUUGUAGAAUUCAUACUAGAGAAAAACUUUAGAAAUCUAUUAAG